AUGAAAACAGCGGUUUUUGGUCACGACGAAAUAUGCGACGACACAACAUUAUCGCUGAACAGCGGUGCCAUACCGCCGCUAACAUUUGCGCCACCAGCAGCCCUAUCUGUUUCCUCAUCUUUACAAAUCCGUUGCAGCGGUGGCAGUGUCGUAAAUGCUGUAAGCGGUUAUCGGUCGCAUCAUCCGCGACGUACUUCACGAAUGCAAAAUGUAAAAAUAGCAGAAGCUUAG